UGCAUGUAGUGCUGUGAUUGUGUCAUCUACGUAGCGAAACCAAAAAGGUAGUGCAUGUUUGUAAGUCAUGAGUGCCCGUUUCUCUAUAGAUUGCUAGACCUGGGUAUGAUGAAAUUUUUUUCCAGGAAAAAUGGGACAGUAUGACAAGGAAAUGGAAAAAUAACAAAGCUCUGGUGCAAGCUGUACGAUUAUUUCUCGUUGACGAGGUGCAUUUACUGAACGACGAGUCACGUGGACCAACAAUGGAAGCAGUAAUAAGCAGAAUGAAAACGGUCAAGACUACAGAAAGUCGAAUCUGUCAUCGAAAAGAAAUUUUCGGAACAAAUAUAAGAUUCCUGGCCGUAUCAGCCACCAUACCUAAUGCUAAUGACAUAGGAAAAUGGCUUGAAACAGACGAUGAUCCGACAGCAACAUACAGUAUGGACGACAGCUAUCGGCCAGUAAAACUACGCAAAGUUGUAAUAGGCUAUCCGUGUAAAAACAACAUCACCAACUUUCGAUUUGAUCUUUCAUUCGUGUGUUUGUUCAUUAUAGUAUAAGUGUACGUAGUGCGAGAUAACGAAUAAACCUUCACGUUUUAUUGAAACAUUAAUAACUAUAUUAAUGAAAAAUCAAUAUCUUAUUGACAACAUGCAGGGAAAUUUGAUAUUUUCAUCCACAUAUUUAAAACAAUACCACAAUAGGUAGGUGAUCGACAUUCAACUUAAACACUUCGCUGAAAAACCUUGAUACUCAGCAAGCGAAAUAUAGAAAUGAUAAUCUUUGUUGUAAUUAUAAGAUUUUUGAGUGUUGCACUUUGUUCUAUGGAACAAAAGUUGUCAAAAUAUACAUUAAAACCUCAUCA